ACUCCAACUCCCUUUCUUUCACUCAGACAUUGUCUCAAUCGCAUCCUUACUCCUCUCACUUUUCUCUCUAUUUGUGUUCCCCGUUGAGGAAAAAACCUGGUAUAUUUGAAUUGCAAGCAAAUGGCUCCUAGGGAUAGAACCACCGCACUCGCCGGACCCGGCCCAAGCCCAACACAGGCCCACAAAGAGAUCCGCUACAGGGGCGUCAGGAAACGCCCAUGGGGCCGUUACGCCGCCGAGAUCCGCGACCCGGGCAAGAAAACCCGCGUCUGGCUCGGCACCUUCGACACCGCCGAAGAAGCCGCACGAGCCUACGACGCCGCCGCUCGCGAGUUCCGAGGCGCCAAGGCCAAGACCAAUUUCCCCACCGCUUCCGAACUUCUCGUAAACAACCACAGCAGUAGCAACAACAACAGCGCGCGUAGCCCUAGCCAGAGCAGCACCCUCGACUCUUCCUCUCCGCCGCCACCGCCUCCUCUGCUAGACCUCACGCUCACACCUCUCACCGCCUCGGUCCUCCCUGCCGCACGCCCAGUCCUUUUCUUCGAUGCUUUCGCGCGUGCGGACACAGUUAUCGCCGUCGGGCGCCGCGACACCUGUGGUUUCGGACGCCCGGCGACCGAUUUCCGUCGCAGUGACUCAAAUUCCGAGCGACGCGCGCUCCUGGAUCUCGAUCUCAACGUGGCUCCUCUCCCAGAGGUAGCGUGAUUGAAGAAUCCCCUGACGGAACAGAUCUGGUUUUCUGGCAAUUUUUCGCACCUUGUUUUUUUUUUUUCAAGGCAUGUGUGAAGUAUUACCCAUUUUGAAUGGACAGAAUGAGCAAAGUGAGUAGUAGCUGACAUCAUCAUGCUCGGAUUUGUUGACUAUUGUGCGCGAAGAUAACCAGCACGUUUAUGUAAAUAUGUUAUGACGAAGACCCAUAGCAAACGCGCUUUUGCUUUUUUGCAACUGAGAACUUAUCCAUAGUAUCUUACCGUUGUUUCUGCAUUUUCUCACAAGUUCACAUAUAUAAUAUUCUCAUUUUAUUUGUGUUGAGAAUUUUGUAUCCAGAACUGGCAUUAUUAUUAUUAUGGUUACCUUAUC